GCUCGCUUCCCUCAUCACAACGCAAGCAAGGUCGAGCCGCGCGACUCGACUCGCUCAGCGCUCGGAUCAGACACGCACACGCAAGCUAGACAGCUGUCUCUGCGAACAGACAGCGCCGGACGCAGCUCGAUACGCUGAGGCCCCAGUGCGCACAGCACCUGCACACCUCCACCUGGCGCCCACGCAGCCAUGCCGGCCUUCAACCCGCAGACGGCUCCGUCGCGCUGGGCGCUGCUGCUCGUCGACGUGCAGCAUGACUUCGUCGACGGCUCGCUCGCCGUGCCGGGCGCCGACAGGCUCCAAGGCCCGCUCUCCCAGCUGCUCUCCAGCUCUCACUUCUCGCAGAUCUGCGCCACGCGCGACAUGCAUCCUGCGGACCACAUCUCCUUUGCCUCGACGCACGCCGGGCACGAGGCGUUCGAGGAGCUCGACGUGCCGCACCCCGCGCGCGGCAGCGUGCGGCAGAAGCUCUGGCCGGAUCACUGUGUUGCUGGCACGCGAGGCGCCGAGCUGCUGGGCGUCGUCAAGCAAGGCAUGCAGGAGGCGGAACAAAGAGGCGUGGAGUGUGUUGAGGUGCACAAGGGCACGGACCGGCAAGUCGACAGCUACUCGGGCUUCGUCACGGCGCAAGAUGUGCUCUUCUCCCCGCUCGCCGCCGCCCUCUUCGGCGCACACGUCACCCGCGUCCUCAUCGCAGGCGUCGCGACGGACUUUUGCGUGCGCGCCACGGUGCUCGACGCCUGCCGCUUCGGGCUGCGCCCGCUCGUCGUGCUCGAGGCUUGCGCGGGCGUCGAGGAGGCAGGCACGCAGCGCGCGGUGAGGGAGCUGAGCGAGGCGGGCGCGGAGGUGGUCCAGAGCGUCGAAGAGGCACUGGAGAAGGUGCAGCGCGACUUGCAGCGGGCCUGA